UUUGAAUAUGAAUACGUGGAAGAAGAUCUGAUGUCGGGAAAGAAGAGUUCUUUGCUGUUGCUGUGCAACCCAGUUUACAAAAAGAUUCCGGUUCUGGUGCACAACGGGAAUCCGGUGGCGGAGUCGCUGGUGAUUCUUGAGUAUAUUGAUGAUACAUGGAAGCAGAACCCUCUCCUCCCGGAGGAUCCCUACGAGAGAGCGCAGCUCCGGUUCUGGGCAAAAUUUGCCGAUGAGAAGUGUAUCCCGGCGGUGAUGAAAACGUUUUCCUCGGAAGGAGAAGAGCAGGAGAAGAACGCGAAAGAAGCUCGCGAGUAUCUGAAAAUCCUCGACGGCGCCGUCGACGACAGGAAGCGCAGUCAGCAGAUCGAUCUGGACCUCAAACAUGAGGUUCAGAUCUGGACCUCAUAUUAG